AGAUUACUAGAAGAAUUAGAAUCUAAAAAAGAUGAGUUUUUAAGUCACAUAUUAUUUCAUUGCAUGCGUUACCAAUAUUCUUUUUCACUCAUUGAAAAUAUAGAUGAGACUUCAUUGGUAUUUGAUAUAUCUAAUACUUUUACAGUUGAAGAAACUAGUGCUCAUACUGUCGGAAUCCAUACAACCAGAUAUAAAAAAUCCAACUUUAUAGUUAUUUUAUGUUGUUUGGCUGAUGGUAUUGUUGUACAAGCCAAUAAGGAAGGAUAUAUGAAUUUUGAUGAAAUAGUUUUUUGGAUAGAAAGAAUUUGGGCUCGUUAG